AUGAGAAGUCCAUAAUAUUAUAUGGAAAUUAUCAGGUAAAAAGAUUAAUAAAUCGGAAAUCUCGAGAAAGAAAUAGAGAUAUUGCAAACAGAGAAAUAAGUUGCAUAAUAACAGGCUAGAAUUAACCUAGAAGCAGUAUAAGUAAUCUAGCAAAAUCAGAAGGACAGAAAGUAGUUGCAGCUUCAAGCUGAAAAUAUUCAGCUAAAAAAGUUUGUUUAUUAAUUAUAACACAAUUUGAGGACUUUGGAAAAAUAAUUGAAUGAACAUUAGAAUUAGAUAAUUCAUUAGAAUAACUAAUAGAGUAAUUAGGAAUCUAAUAUCAAGCAAAUCUUUUAGACCAUUUAUCAAUCAAUAUAAUUAAGCUAGGCAAUUUGA